AGGCCGCCGACAGGCAGGAGAGCCUUUCGGAGCGCGGGGUGCGCGGGGAGGAGACUAGCGGUGGGAGGAGGACGCUGCCUAAGAUGGGAGGCCAGCGAGGGCCUCUCUCAAGUGUCCCAGCCGGACGGACAGCAGGGCCAAAGGCUGGAGACGGAAGAGCAGUGUCCUGGAGCCCAAUGCCCGAGGGCCCAGAGCUGCACCUGGCCAGCCACUUUGUGAACGAGGCAUGCAGGGGGCUGGUGUUUGGUGGGGCUGUGGAGAAGUCUUCCGUCAGCCGCAACCCUGAGGUGCCCUUUGAGAGCAGUGCCUACCACAUCUCAGCCUCAGCCCGGGGCAAGGAGCUGCGCCUGACUCUGAGCCCCUUGCCUGGGGCCCAGCCCCCACAGGAGCCAUUGGCCCUCAUCUUCCGCUUUGGCAUGUCUGGGUCCUUCCAGCUGGCGCCUGGUGACGCGCUGCCACCCCAUGCCCACCUGCGCUUUUACACGGCUCCACCUGGCCCCCGGUUUGCCCUGUGCUUCGUGGACAUCCGCCGCUUUGGCCGCUGGGACCUCGGGGGCAAGUGGCAGCUGGGCCGUGGUCCCUGUGUCUUACUGGAAUACGAGCAGUUCAGGGAGAAUGUGCUACAAAACCUAGCGGACAAAGCCUUUGACCGGCCCAUCUGUGAGGCUCUCCUGGACCAGAGGUUCUUCAAUGGCAUUGGCAACUAUCUGCGGGCAGAGAUCCUGUACCGGCUGAAGAUCCCCCCCUUUGAGAAGGCCCGCACGGUUCUGGAGGCCCUGCAGCAGCGCAGGCCGAGUCCAGAGCUGACCCUGAGCCAGAAGAUCAGGGCCAAGCUGCAGAACCCGGAUCUGCUGGAGCUGUGCCACUCAGUGCCCAAGGAAGUAAUCCAGCUGGGGGGAAAAGGCUACGGGCUGGAGAGCGGAGAGGAGGACUUUGCUGCCUUUCGAGCCUGGCUGCAGUGUUAUGGCAUGCCGGGCAUGAGCUCCCUGCGAGACCGGCAUGGCCGCACCAUCUGGUUCCAGGGGGAUCCUGGACCUCUAGCACCCAAAGGAGGCAAAUCCCGCAAAAAGAAAUCCAAGGAAGCACAACUGCAUCCUGAGGACGGAAUGGAGGACCCUCCACCUCAAAGUAAGGCCCCUUCCAGGACACGAAAGGCACAGAGAAACCUUCCUGAGAAGACUGCAUCCCAGCAGCCUGAGGGGACCAGCCUCCAACAGGACCCAGAAGCCUCCACAGUCCCUGAGAAAGGGAGGAGAAAGGGGCGACAGGCAACCUCAGGCCGCCAUAGACCCCGGAAGAUUAAGGCUGACACCCCAUCCUUGGUGCCUGAAGGAACCUCAGCCUCUUAGCGGGAUGGUGUCCUUGCUGACACCCACCCUUUCCUGCUGUCUUGCCCCGAAUCUGGGGGCCUGCCUGAAUUCCUAGAAGCAGGCAAUAUUUCAAGGGGCUGCAUGACAUAGGCCCCGUGGCUGUUCCCUGAAUAACUGUGAUGUUUUUAAUUGUACCCUACCUUGCACAUAUUUUA